UCUGAACUGCUGUCUUUAGUUGACUGUCACUCAGCAGAGGAACAUGUCGAUGCCAAUUGCCUUCUACAUUUGCCUGACCUUGAUUUUGUUCAUAUUCUCUGGAACAGAUGGAUAUUUUCAUCAUCGGUUGGCACAGUGUCGAUACUCCUCAAAGGACCUGCAUGGUAUAGAGUAUAUAGACUCUUAUGUUUUCAAUAAGGCUGAAUAUGUCAGAUUCAACAGCACUGUGGGGAGGUAUGUUGGAUACACUGAACUUGGUAUGAAGAAUGCAAACGCAUGGAACAGUGAUGCUGGGUUCCUGGGUCAAGAGCAGGCGGAGCUGGAGCGUUACUGUAAGCAUAACGCUGAUCUCCACUACAGAGCCAUACUGGACAAGACAGUUGAGCCCCAUGUCAGACUGAUCAGUGACUCCCCCAGUGGCAGACACCCUGCCAUGCUGAUGUGCAGCGCCUAUGACUUCUACCCCAAACAAAUCAGAGUGACCUGGCUGAGGGACGGACGUGAGGUGAAAUCUGAUGUGACCUCCACUGAGGAGCUGGCUAACGGGGACUGGUACUACCAGAUCCACUCCCACCUGGAGUACACACCCAAGUCUGGAGAGAAGAUCUCCUGUAUGGUGGAGCACAUCAGCCUCACUGAGCCCAUGAUGUAUCACUGGGACCCGUCCCUGCCUGAGGCUGAGAGGAAUAAGAUAGCGAUCGGUGCAUCUGGUCUGGUGCUGGGAACCAUCUUAGCAUUAGCAGGACUGAUCUACUACAAGAAGAAGUCUUCUGGGGUGCUCUAGUAGCAACAAGGUGAGACUCUAUUCUGCUGAAAGACCAGUUACAAUGGCUCAUGUUAAAUAUGUCAUUAUAGUCAUUUGUCUCACUUCGAAUACCUGCUUACUAUAUUUUCACAUUUGAAGGUACAUUGGUGUAUCUGCUGCAGAAAUUGAUCCCAAAUGAGAUUUUCUUGCUUGUUAUGAAUCAUUGUUCCUGAAAGGACGUCUACUGCUGUUUAACUGAAUAUUCAUCAAUACUUUCCUAAUGAAUCAUAUUGUUGCUAACAUAUUAUCCUCACACCUUUCAUUAUUAAUCCAUGAACAACUUUAGGCUUGAUAGUAUUUAGACAGUUAGUGCUGAGAAUGCUGUAAUUAGUUGUUUAUUUACCUAAUAGGUGUGGUAGAGAACUGCUUCAACUGACCUACUAUAACACUGUAAGUUAUUAUGAGUGGGCAGCACAUACAACAGUCCACUGUGCUGGGGGUUCUUUACUCAGCUUUACUGUUGUGUCUUUUUCACCAACAAAUAAGACACUUGUUCUCAAAGGAACAAAAGACAAAGGAAUAUGUUCAGUAAAUGGUGAACAUAUUGUGUGUGGUAAUACUGCUGUUUUGAGAAGGAGUAAAACGCUGGUUAGUGAGAUUAGAAAAUAGCUUCAGUCUAUUUUCAUUUCUUCAUGUUUUUAGACUAAAUGUCCCCCUGUACUGACAUCACACCCCUGUACUGACAUCACACCCCUGUCAUCACACCCUGUACUGACAUCACACCCUGUACUGACAUCACACCCCUGUCCUGACAGCACAUCCCUGUCCUGACAUCACACCCCUGUCCUGACAUCACACCCCUGUCCUGACAUCACACCCCUGUACUGACAUCACACCCCUGUACUGACAUCACACCCCUGUCCUGACAUCACACCCCUGUCCUGACAUCACACCCCUGUACUGACAUCACACCCCUGUACUGACAUCACACCCCUGUACUGACAUCACAGCCCUGUACUGACAUCACACCCCUGUCCUGACAUCACACCCCUGUACUGACAUCACAUCUUGUACUGACAUCACACCCCUGUCCUGACAUCACACCCCUGUACUGACAGCACACCCCUGUCCUGACAUCACACCCCUGUCCUGACAUCACACCCCUGUACUGACAUCACACCCCUGUCCUGACAUCACACCCCUGUACUGACAUCACACCCCUGUCCUGUCAUCACACCCCUGUCCUGACAUCACACCCCUGUAAUGACAUCACACCCCUGUACUGACAUCACACCCCUGUACUGACAUCACACCCCUGUACUGACAUCACACCCCUGUACUGACAUCACACCCCUGUACUGACAUCACACCCUGCACUGACAUCACACCUCUGUCCUGACAUCACACCCCUGUACUGACAUCACACCCCUGUCAUCACACCCCUGUCCUGUACUGACAUCACACCCCUGUCCUGUACUGACAUCACACCCCUGUCCUGACAUCACACCCCUGGCCUGACAUCACACCCCUGUCCUGACAUCACACCCCCUGUACUGACAUCACACCCCUGUCCAGACAUCACACCCCUGUACUGACAUCACACCCCUGUACUAACAUCACACCCCUGUCAUCACACCCCUGCCCUGACAUCACACCCCUGUCCUGACAUCACACCCCUGUCCUGACAUCACACCCCUGUACUGACAUCACACCCCUGUCCUGACAUCACAUCCCUGUACUGACAUCACACCCCUGUACUGACAUCACACCCCUGUCAUCACACCCCUGUCCUGUACUGACAUCACACCCCUGUCCUGUACUGACAUCACACCCCUGUCCUGACAUCACACCCCUGUCCUGACAUCACACCCCUGUCCUGACAUCACACCCCUGUCCAGACAUCACACCCCUGUACUGACAUCACACCCCUGUACUGACAUCACACCCCUGUACUAACAUCACACCCCUGUCAUCACACCCCUGUCCUGACAUCACACCCCUGUCCUGACAUCACACCCCUGUCCUGACAUCACACCCCUGUCCUGACAUCACACCCCUGUCCUGACAUCACACCCCUGUACUGACAUCACACCCCUGUACUGACAUCACACACCUGUACUGACAUCACACCCCUGUCAUCACACCCCUGUCCUGACAUCACACCCCUGUCCUGACAUCACACCCCUCUCCUGACAUGACACCCCUGUACUGACAUCACACCCCUGUACUGACAUCAACCUCCUUCAUGUCUCAUUGAUAAGAUUUUAUAUGGUUGAUUUCAGCUCCUUCAUUUUCUGCUCUGUCAUUGUUGUGGUUUCAGGUCUCCUAUUUAACUGGGACAUAUUUUACAAUAAACCAUUAUGAUUCAGUG